AUGACCAGUUUUAAACCCUUAAAUGUCAAGAAGUAUCCCAAAACUGGACAGGUGGUUACACCGGACACAGAAUACUGGAAAAGAUUGAGUGUUCCCACAUUGGCCAAGGAGUUUGGUGCCAUCGAUUAUAUUGAUUUUUCACCCAUUGAACCACACUACUUUGCCGUGACCUGUUCCGUGAGGGUGCAAAUCUACAAUCCCAUAACGAAAUUAGUUGUCAAGAAUUUGUCACGUUUUCAAGAGACAGCCUAUGGUGGAACCUUCCGACAAGAUGGACGUCUGUUGGUGGCUGGUGAUGAACAGGGUCUGGUGAAGUUGUUCGAUACUUCAAGUAAAAAUGUGCUGCGUCUAUUCAAGGGUCAUAAAGCGCCGGUGCAUAGAGUCAAUUUCACAUCGGACCUGUUGCAUAUUGCCAGUUUUUCAGAUGAUAAAACGGUAAAACUAUGGGAUGUGGCCAGCGAAAAAUCGAUUCACACAUUCGCCUCCCAUGAUGACUAUAUACGAGCUGGUACAGUAAAUCCAGUCUCUGCCGAUGUUAUUGUUUCCGGAGGUUAUGAUGGUAAAAUUAAUUUGUACGAUACACGUACCAAAGAAGUUACUAUGACUGUGGAUCAUGGCAGUCCGGUGGAGUCAUUGCUUUUCCUACCAACUGGUGGUAUUUUCAUUAGUGCUGGUGGCACGGAAGUUCGUGUUUGGGAUGCUUUUGCUGGCUGCCGUCUUUUGACAAAACUUUCGCAACAUCAUAAAACCGUUACCUGUUUACGUUUGGGUUCCAAUGGAAAACGUAUCCUCUCCGGAGGUUUAGAUCGUCAUGUCAAAAUUUACGAUGUAUCUACAUAUCAAACAGUCCAUACCCUAGAUUAUCCCAAUGCUGUGUUGAGUUUGGGUGUUGCUCCCAACGAUCAAACUGUGGUGGCCGGUAUGGUUGAUGGCCUGAUUUCUAUACAAAAUAUGGAAGCUCCUGCCCGUCCCAAACAAGCGAAAUCACGUCGUAAGGCAAACAUUAUUUCUGCCAAACCCGAUAUUGCUGUAGAUCAUCAGAUUACCGAAGAACAGAGACUACGUCUGGAGAAAUACGAUAGACAUUUGAAACGUUAUGAAUAUAGUAAAUGUUUGGAUUCGGUUAUGGGUCGUGGCUUGUCAACAAAAUCUCCGGAAAUAAUUGUGAGUGUUAUGCAAGAAUUGAUACACCGUAAGGGUUUGAAUCGCGCACUGGCGCCGCGUGAUGAUGCAUCAUUGUGUCAAAUUAUCGGUUUCAUCUGCCGUUAUAUUAGUGAACAUCGUUUUAUGCGUGUUCUCAUCGAUGUAGCUACCACACUACUCGAUGUCUACGAAGAUAAGAUACACACAUUUACCGGUACUGUGGGUAAAAAGUUCCUAGAAUUGUCAUAUGUUUUGGAACGUGAAGUGGCAAUAACCUACGAUCUAUUGGAAUUGCAAGGCUCUUUGGAAUUGCUGACGGCUGCCGCUGAUGUCUCCAAUAAUCAAGAUGAUGUCAUACAUUUUGUUCAGGAUACAAAUAGAACGUCCAAUUUGAAACAAUCCGUAAUGGCUAAGGAAUCAUCGGUAGUUACGGUAUAAAAUUU